AUUUCAAGCUUCUGAUUGGCUCGCCUACAAGUCAAGGAACGUUUAAGGUGGCCAAUGAAACCGUUCUAUGGGUGGGGCCACAAAGACUCACAAUCACAGAAGGCCGUUCUUCCCUUUUGAAAUUAGCAUAGGGCAGUGUAUAAUACCCCGCCUCUAACAUUAAAGUGUUAUUGUUGUUUGUGUGUGUCUGACCGAAGCACUAUGCCUGAACCAGCGAAAUCUGCGCCCAAAAAGGGAUCGAAGAAGGCCGUCACUAAAACUGCCGGUAAGGGUGGAAAGAAGCGCAAGAGGUCCAGGAAGGAGAGUUACGCUAUCUACGUGUACAAAGUCCUGAAGCAGGUUCAUCCCGACACCGGAAUCUCCUCCAAGGCGAUGGGAAUCAUGAACUCUUUCGUCAACGACAUCUUCGAGCGCAUCGCCGGUGAAGCGUCUCGUCUCGCUCACUACAACAAGCGCUCCACCAUCACAUCGAGAGAGAUCCAGACCGCCGUGCGUCUGCUUCUGCCCGGUGAACUGGCCAAACACGCCGUGUCUGAGGGCACAAAGGCUGUGACCAAAUACACCAGCUCAAAGUAAAGCGAUGUCUGAUCUGAUCAGAGAACCCAAAGGCUCUUUUAAGAGCCACCCAUAUUGUCUUUAAAAAGAGCCUUGAUCUUAACAGUUCUUUAACUUUUUUUUUAUUUGAAAACCGUGUACGAGUCCGUCACUGUUUACUGCUGUUAAGCAUCAGUCUGGUUUAGCAGAUGAACUAGAAUAUAUGGUUGCACUUUGUUUUACAGUACGUGUUUAUAGUGUACUUAAGAAAAUACUAGG